GACUAAUCGAGACUGUUUAAAGAUGGCGCCCUAAAGCCCAUGAUUUGUUUUCUAUGGGUACAAAGUAUGUUUAAGUGCAUUAACCGGACAGCCCACUUCACCAGAUAUCUCAAGUUAACAGGAAACAGUGUCCAUAUUAACCAAGGUUUUAGGCUGGUGUCAUCCUUAUCUCUCACAAUGGCCGAACCAGUUGUGAGGAGGGUGAUCACUGACAUCAUUCGCUCUCCUGAAGACAAAAGGGACUACAGGGGUCUGGAGUUCACCAAUGGACUGAAGGCUAUUCUCAUAAGUGAUCCAACGACAGACAAAUCAUCCGCUGCUUUGGAUGUGCAUAUAGGUUCACUGUCAGACCCAGAGAACAUCUCAGGCCUGGCGCACUUCUGUGAGCACAUGCUGUUUCUGGGGACCGAAAAGUACCCCAAGGAAAACGAAUACAGCCAGUUCCUCAGCGAGCAUGCCGGAAGCUCCAACGCCUUCACAAGCGGGGAGCACACAAACUAUUACUUCGACGUGUCCCAUGAGCACUUGCAAGGAGCUUUAGACAGGUUUGCCCAGUUCUUUCUCUGCCCUUUGUUUGACGAAAGCUGUAAGGACCGGGAAGUGAACGCUGUGGACUCUGAACAUGAGAAGAACCUGAUGAAUGAUUCUUGGAGGCUUUUCCAGUUGGAGAAGGCCACUGGCAACCCAAACCACCCCUUUAGUAAAUUUGGGACAGGUAAUAAAUUAACACUUGAAACAAGACCAUCUAAAGAAGGGAUUGAUAUACGCCAGGAACUCCUGAAAUUUCACUCUACCUAUUACUCUGCUAAUCUUAUGGGGCUCUGCGUGUUAGGAAGAGAGUCUCUUGAUGAAUUGACGUCGAUGGUGGAGCAGCUCUUUGGAGAAGUGGAAAACAAGAACGUUCCUGUCCCAGAAUUCCCUGAACAUCCGUUCCAGGAAGAGCACCUUAAACAAUUCUACAAAGUCGUCCCCAUCAAAGACAUUAGGAACCUUUACGUGACCUUUCCCAUCCCAGACCUACAGAAGUACUACAAGUCUAACCCAGGACAUUAUCUGGGACAUCUGAUUGGCCACGAAGGACCUGGCAGUUUAUUAUCUGAGCUGAAAUCAAAAGGUUGGGUGAAUACCCUAGUUGGAGGGCAAAAGGAAGGAGCCAAAGGGUUCAUGUUCUUCAUUAUCAACGUGGAUCUGACUGAGGAGGGUCUCUUGCACGUUGAAGACAUCAUUUUCCACAUGUUCCAGUACAUCCAGAAACUUCGCACUGAGGGACCUCAGGAAUGGGUGUUUGAAGAAUGCAAGGAUUUAAGUAAAGUAGCCUUCAGGUUCAAGGAUAAGGAGCGACCGCGCGGCUACACCUCCAAAGUGGCAGGCUUAUUGCAUUAUUACCCUCUUGAAGAAGUUCUUGCUGCAGAGUAUCUCUUGGAGGACUUCAGACCAGAUCUGAUUGAGAUGGUGCUUGAUAAACUAAGACCAGAAAAUGUCAGAGUUGCUGUGGUGUCAAAGUCAUUCGAAGGGCAAACAGACCAGCAGGAGGAGUGGUACGGCACGCAGUACAAGCAGGAGGCCAUUUCUGAAGACAGCAUAAGGGUAGUCAACCUGUGGCUGCAGCCUCAGUGGAACUGUUUGUAUGUAAUGUUUGACCGCUGUAAUUCUUUCUGCAGCCCGUUUGCAUACGUGGACCCAUUGCAUUGUAACAUGGCAUAUUUGUACCUGGAGCUCCUCAAGGACUCCCUCAACGAGUAUGCAUAUGCAGCUGAGCUAGCAGGCUUGAGCUAUGACCUCCAAAAUACCGUCUAUGGGAUGUAUCUUACAGUCAAAGGUUACAAUGAUAAAUCCCACAUCCUGCUGAAGAAGAUCAUUGAGAAGAUGGCAACAUUCGAGAUCGACGAGAAGCGCUUCGACAUUAUUAAAGAAGCAUACAUGAGGACUUUAAACAACUUCCGAGCCGAGCAGCCGCACCAGCAUGCCAUGUACUACCUCCGUCUCCUGAUGACUGAGGUGGCGUGGACCAAAGACGAGCUCAGAGAGGCUCUUGAUGAUGUAACUCUCCCACGCCUUAGGGCCUUCAUACCUCAGCUAUUGUCACGGUUACAUAUUGAGGCCUUGCUCCAUGGCAACAUCCCCAAGGAGUCUGCGCUGGGAAUGGUGCAAAUGGUUGAGGACACACUCAUUGAGCACGCUCACACAAAGCCCCUCCUCCCGAGCCAGCUGAUUCGCUACAGAGAGGUGCAGGUUCCAGACGGUGGUUGGUACGUUUACCAGCAGAGGAAUGAGGUCCACAACAACUGCGGCAUUGAGAUCUACUACCAGACAGACAUGCAGACCACCAACGACAACAUGCUGCUGGAGCUGUUCUGCCAGAUCAUCUCUGAGCCCUGCUUCAACACUCUGAGGACCAAAGAACAGCUGGGUUACAUUGUCUUUAGCGGGCCCCGUCGAGCAAACGGAGUUCAAGGCCUUCGCUUCAUCAUCCAGUCGGAGAAGGCCCCCCACUACCUGGAGAGCCGCGUGGAGGCCUUCCUCUCCACCAUGGAAAAGGCUUUGGAGCAAAUGAGCGAUGAAGCCUUCCAGAAACACAUCCAGGCCCUGGCCAUCCGGCGCCUGGAUAAGCCCAAGAAGCUGUCUGCCGAGUGUGCCAAAUAUUGGGGGGAGAUCAUCUCUCAGCAGUAUAAUUUUGACAGAGAUAACAUUGAAGUUGCACAUCUGAAGACGCUGACAAAAGAAAACAUAAUGCAGUUCUACAGAGAGAGGCUCACCGUUCAGGCUCCAAAGAGACACAAAGUGUCUGUCCAUGUCCUCUCCAGAGAGAUGGAGUCCUGUCCAAUAGUGGGAGAGUUUCCGGCUCAGAACGACGUCAACCUGGCCCCCGUCCCGACUCUGCCGCAGCCCACGCUGAUUCAAGACAUGAACGAGUUCAAGAGGAGCCUGCCUCUCUUCCCUCUGGCGAAGCCUCACAUCAACUUCAUGGCUGCCAAACUGUGAGCCGCGCAGGCCGGCGAGGAGGGAGGGAGGCAGCCGCACCGCCGCUCCCCUUCUGCCUUCCUCCCCCAGCAGGGAAAGGAGGUUCACCUCACCUCACUGAGCCUGCAUGACUGUGUGUGAGUGUAAAAUGAAUGCAUGUGCACGCGGCAGGCUCCAUUAGAAGCAGAGACGCUGCGUAUCUGAAGAUCCCCAAAGUUAGCCGUGGUCGUUCCAAAUAGCCGUGAUAAACGUAGCGGACUCGCCUCAUGUUAAAGGAGACGCCGCUCCUUCACGCUUCAGUGCUGUCGGCUGCUGUAGAGGAAGUAGAACCAUUUAAAAAAAAGAUAAUCAGAUCCCUUUACGCAGGAGCUUCACCACUAGGAGCAGCUCUCCACCUCCUCGGACUGGGAUAUCCGGCGCCGCAGCUGUUAAACGUCAUCACUCUGUCACAUCCAGAUGUUUUAUUCAGAUGUCUGCCUUAUUUUAGAUUUAAAGCCGUGCUCGCUUGGUUGGGGAAAAAAUGUUGGGACCCUUUGAGAAGCUGCUUUUAGCCAACCUGUCAUGAUUCUGAGUUGUUUUUAGGGUUUUAUCGCUUAAAUAGUAUUUUUGAUUGAAACACCUCAGGGGUAAGUCCAUGCCGUCUGUUUUUUUGUUUUUCUUUUAACAAAUUUUAGUGUUAAUGAAAAUCUGUCGUUGCUCAAACCCCUGAUCAGAUCCUGGCUGCGGGUUAUUGUUUUUCUCCCCCGUGGCGUCUCCGUGGAGACCCCUACACUGUGCAUCUGUGUGCGUGAGACUUCCUGCAGCUUGUGCCUUUCCAUCAGUGACAGCAGCAACGUAGCCCUGCGACAGAUUAUCGUCUUUUUCGUUCGGUUUUCUUCCUUCCCGACGCCAGACAUGUCACAUUGAUGUCAAAUAAGAGCUGGAAAAUACGACGGCUCAAAUUUUAACAAGUAUUUCCUGAAUAAUAUGCACUUCUCUCACCAAGCAAUAAACAGCACGGUCCUGAUUGGGAAAGGUUUCGCCCCCGCGCAGACGAGGUCGCGGGUUGUUGCUCUCUCAGGUGCCUGUCGCACUUUGUCCCAACAUUUUAUUUAUUGUUUUUUUCCUCUGUUUGUACUCCCUUCCUCACCACACCUCCACCAGUCUGGCUUCAGCCUAAAAGAAUGAAAUAAGAUUUGAAUGUUGGGACGGCCGCUUUGAUUGUUCUGCACCAGAAGCUUCUUAAAAUGUUCGGUUUCACUCGGCCUCAGCCAGAUUUAUUUUUUAUUUUAAUUCAACAUUUCCUUUGUGGUUAAACACAAAGACAACAUGCAGCCACAUUUGGUGGAAAAAUCUGUUUUCAGUGUACCA